AUUGUUUACAUGUUUUAAGAAAAGCUGUUUUAGUUACCUUGGAUAGAUCUGAAAAACUUGAAAUUGAAACAAUUAUGAUUCAUAUUUUCCAACGUGCAUGUUUUUUUAUGUUUCAAUCAGGGUAUACAGAAAGAGCAUAUGCAUGUUGGCAGGCAAUGAUUGAACUAACUUUCUUUGGACCAGACUCUCAGAAUCCAAUUUUUUAUGAUAGAAUUGCAAAUUUAGAAAAUUUUUGGGAAUCUGAAAAACCACGUUUUGGAGAAAUUAAUGCUGAAGGCUGGGGAUCAUAUAAUUAUCAACACA